UUGAGAUCUUAUACAUUUAAAUAUCUUAGAAAACUAAUACCGGUGUAUCAAAUUUAUAUUAAUUCAGAUGUAUAUGAAAUUAUGGUGAUUUUGUUUAUUGCCAUUAUUAUUAUGUUCCAAUUGUCUAUGGGUGUAUCUAUGCACAUCUGUUCAGAAAAAGAUGGAACAUGUUGUGUUGGAUACAAGUGGGAUCUUGCACAUAAUAUAUGUAUACCUUGUGAAGAUGGAUAUUUAGGAACUAACUGUGCAUUCAAAUGUCGAUAUCCUACAUUUGGAAAGCAGUGUCAGUCGUUGUGCAACUGUGAUAAUCAAAACUGUGAUUAUGCCAACGGUUGUAUACAGCCUACAAAAAAAUAUAAGAAUCAAUCUAUAAUGCACAAAAUCUCCAUAACAAUCACAAAAAGAUCGAUUGAACUUGAUAACGUCACCAGUUAUAAAGGUUUUUCCAAUGUUACGACAGUCGCAACGAAUUUAACUAAUCCUGUUCGUGAAUCAAAACAUGAAAUGAUAAACACUAUACUAUUUGGUAUGAUCGGACUAGCAGCAGUGUCGUUUAUCAUAUAUAUGAUAUACAUUUACAGUAUAUCAUUAGAAAAACGUAUUGUAUACACAGCCCCUAUUUAGCAAAACUGAUAUAAAAAGCAAAUCUAUCCAUCUUCAAAAGAGUAUAUUACAUCCACAGAAUACGAUUUCCUCUAUUUCUUACCGAGAUUUAUAGUUAUUCAUAGCUGUAUAGAAACAGCACGAGUGAAACCUACUCGCCAUGUCUAUCGAUUGGUCGAAACCUACAGCGACUGAAACUGACAGGACUUAAAUCUACAAGACCCGUUUAUAGAUUGGUCCAAAUCUGCAGCAACCUAAAAUAAAUCAUAGACAGCACAAAAAAAUAUGAUGAUCUUAAACUCGGUUCCAUAUGUAUAUAUUGUAUAUAAUUUUGAACAAAAUAUUGUUUUUCUGUAUUUUAAGGGGAAUAGCAUAUUGAUAAGUUAUUCAACAUUUUGUGUGAACAGUUUUGGGUCUGAUCCCCUACUAUGUUGUUUAUAUUUUUCUUUACUUUCGUCAUUUUUAAUAAAUGACAUAUUUCAUCAUGCACAAGUGUUGAGUUUAUUUAUCAGACAGCAAAAACGGAGCUGCGGUGAGGUUGUGCAGCAUGAGAAAACAUAAAACAACAAUUAUGUUAAUAAUUGUAUUUAUGUGUUGAAUGCUAUAAUUUUAUUUGCUGAUUUAUUGUAUUUUUCAUGUUUAUGUUUGAUUGGAUAAGUUGCAUUUCUUUCCCAGGCCUUGUAGAGGUCGUUGGCCAUAUUAUGUAAUUUCCCUGCAGUGGUCACUGUCCAUGUCUAUUUUUAGCCCAAAUUCCUAGUCUAGAAACCUCCCAGUGACCUAUUAUGUAAUUGCUAAAAAUUCCAUGGUGUAAUUCUCCCCAAAUUUAAUUUAAUAGCCAAUCAAAUCAAGCGAUACGGUCCCGUGGUUUGAUGCGGUCAGUAUCUGACCAGUGAGAGUAGGGUCAUUCUGUCUUCAUCUAUGAGAGUGUUAGCACGAGUAAUGUUUUUAUACACCCACCACCAUCCCCGUUUCACCACUCCAAUAUUCGAAAGUUGUAUACAUGUACAAAAUAUUGUUAUUUUGCAUAUGGAAUA